GUCUUCUUCUCUUCUCCUGCUUCUUCAGCCUCUUAUUUCUCUCUCUUCUCCCCCACCGUUUAUUCCCUCUUCGUUCUCCUUCCCAUCUUCCAUCCUACAGACAGAAAGAAAGGAGAAGAAAUCAAAAAGAGAGAGAGUGAGAUAGGAAGAGAAACAUUACAACCAUGCUUCUCUCUUUCUCCUAUCUAACCCUCUUUCUAUUGAUCUCAUCCGUCCAUUCGAUCCCAUCAGAUGCGGCCACAGAAUCUACGUUCAGCAACAUCUACGACGUCCUCCGAUCGCACGGCCUGCCGAUCGGCCUCCUUCCAAAGGGCGUGACGAAUUUCACACUGGAGGAGAACGGACGGUUCGAGGUCUUCCUGGAACAGGCCUGCGAUGCGAAGUUCGAGAACGUGGUCCGAUACGAACGGAACGUAUCGGGCACCCUCAGCUACGGCCAGAUCGGAGCUCUUUCCGGCAUCUCGGCGCAGGAGCUUUUCCUUUGGUUCCCCGUCAAGGGCAUUCGUGUCGAUAUCCCUAGCUCUGGGCUUAUCUACUUUGAUGUUGGCGUCAUCUACAAGCAAUUCUCACUGUCAUUGUUUGAGACGCCGCCGACAUGUAAGGCCGUCGAUCAGGUCGGAUCGUCCGAUCUCGAUCUGCUCCAGGAGGGCUGGGCGUUGGCCCAACGCGUCGCCAAGAGCCAAUCCGGAAGUCUUCGCUAUAAAAUGGAUCAAGGUCUCCAAAGGGCUGUCGUGUAGAUUACUCUACCAAGGAUUCCGGAUAGUUUUGACUGUUGGUGUCCUUUCCUCUUAAAGACUGUCUCAGAAAGUCUGGUUUGGCAGGUCUUUUGCUUCCGUGGUGUGUGGUUGCAGUAGAUUGCAGACGUGUCGGGCUCGCCUGCGAAGAGAAUUUUGACCGAGAGAAUAGAGGAUCGCUGCCUCUGUCCAUAUGCAGUGAGAGUGGGACGGUGGAUUUGAAAUGGAUAGAAUCUCAGGUCAAGGUGAUUUUGGAUGGAAUAUCUGCUAAGUUGCUAUGUUGGUUUUGCCUUUUGAUCUUUAUAUAUACAGUCAUAUAUAAUGAAAUGCUCUGUUAAGGGAGGCGGGGGUGAAUGUUUUCUUCAAUAGCUGGGGUUGGAAUUGUCUCUGCUAUGUCUUCUGUUUGGGUUUGUUCCGUAAUGGUUACUUCUACUGUGAGUGCUGGAUCGAGUCUCUGUAAAUGCGGGAAUUGUCUGUCUUUAUGUAUUAUUAUCCUUGUAGGCUGAGGUAAGAAGUACAUUUAUCUUUGACAGGAGAACUGAAAUAUGCUUUCUUUCUGUUC